CUUUUUAUGUAACGACGAAUUUAAUUGGAUGCUAUCUUUUUCAUCACCAAAUAGAAAUUCACGUUUCAAACAACAUCAAUGUCUAAUAUCUGCAUACGGGCAUUGGUGGAAGUAUCAGAAAAAUGGCAGCGACAAGUGGGUAUAGUUCCACUGAAUCACUAAAUACAAGUAUUCAAGAAAUUCCUGACCCUUUGAAACAGCUUUAUCCUGCUGUAAACGAAGAUGAAACCCCUCUUCCGAGAUCUUGGAGUUCUAAAGAUAAAUACAACUUUAUUGGAUUAUCCCAAAAUAAUCUGCGCGUACACUACAAAGGUGUAGGAAAGAACCACAAAGAUGCUGCCAGUGUGAGGGCCACACACCCCAUCCCCCCAUCAUGUGGAAUUUAUUAUUUUGAAGUCAAGAUAAUCAGCAAAGGGCGAGAUGGAUAUAUGGGGAUUGGAUUAUCAGCUCAGGGAGUCAAUAUGAAUCGAUUGCCAGGAUGGGAUAAGCAUUCCUAUGGUUACCAUGGAGAUGAUGGCCAUUCAUUCUGUUCCUCUGGAACUGGUCAGCCAUAUGGACCAACAUUUACAACAGGCGAUGUUAUUGGUUGCUGUGUCAACCUCAUAGACAACUCCUGUUUCUACACAAAAAAUGGAAUCAAUUUAGGCCUUGCAUUCACAGACUUGCCGUCAAACCUGUACCCUACGGUGGGGCUCCAGACCCCAGGAGAAGUGGUGGAAGCUAACUUCGGACAGAAUCCUUUUGUCUUUGACAUAGAGGACUAUAUGAAGGAGUGGCAUAUGAAAACCAAACUGACUAUAGAGAGGUUUCCUGUUAGUGACAAGAAGGGCGAGUGGCAGACUGCCCUACAACAGAUUGUGUCUACGUACCUGGUACAUCAUGGUUACUGUGGCACAGCUGAAGCAUUCUCUAGAUCUACUGGACAAUCUAUAGAAGAAGACAUGUCCUCCAUCAAAAACAGGCAAAGAAUACAGAAGUUAGUGUUAGCAGGUCGCAUGGGUGAAGCAAUAGAGACAACACAACAACUAUAUCCUGGAUUAUUAGAGAGAAACUUCAAUCUACUGUUUAUGCUCAAAUGUAGACAAUUCAUAGAGAUGGUGAACGGAACAGACACAGAGGUUAGAGGCCCAGCAAUCCGCAGUCCAAAAACACGACAUGGGAGUGGAUCAAACCGUUCCAGUCCCAACAUGAGCCCAGUACACCACACAAAUUCAUAUUCACAGAAAAACACACCAGUAGGAUCCCGUGGCAAUAGUCCUAAUCGACCUAUAGGUGUCAAAGGUCAUAGUUCAGGUUCAUCUUCACAAACCAGUCAAAACUUACAGAUGUCACAAACAAACAAUCAGAACAUGGGUGAAUUAAAGACAAUAUCGGAGGAGCAUUUGAAUCGUGCGAAUUUAGCUAUGAAUGGUUCAGAAUGUCACAUGAUUGAGGAUGACGAUGUGGAAAUGAUGGAUGGACUGGUGACAGAGACUAAAACAUUCACAAAUGGAAAUUCAGAUGGAGCAUACAUGAAUGGGAAUAGUCACACAUGCAAACUGGAGGACAUGGACGUGGAUGUCCCUUCAGGUAAAAGGCAGUUGUGUGGGGGAUCUCAGGCAGCUAUAGAGAAAAUGCUACUGUUUGGGCGAGAACUUCAGGCCAUGAGUCAAAGACUAAAACGCGAGUUUGGCAAAAAUGACAGCAACAACAAAUCUAUACAGAAUGCCUUUAGUUUGCUGGCAUACUCCGAUCCAUGGAACAGUCCAGUAGGAUACCAGUUAGACCCGGUGCAACGAGAGCCAAUUUGUGCUGCCUUAAACAGUGCUAUAUUAGAAUCCCAGGGUCUCCCAAAACAGCCUCCUUUAGAACUGGUGAUUGCCCAGUCCACCGAGUGCAUGAAGCUGAUGUCCAAGGCCAAGAUUGGGUCCUGUGCGUUCGCCAACCUCUCUGAUUAUCUCCACUGACGAAGAAGAAGGAGCGGGAACCUGACAAGUUUCCAAGAGUGUAGAAUUUGUACGGUGAUGGACGCAGUUCAUGUGAAAUGACUAACAUUGAGUAAUCAUUAUAUGCAACACUUCUCAAAUCAACUGUAGUCUCUUCAUUUUUAAUAUGCAUUUUUUUAAAAAGAGAAAUACAAAAGUGUAUUGAAUGGUAACUAGUGCUUUUAUGUCCAAAUUUUUUCUUAAAUGACUAAAAUGUAUUAUAAUUUUUGAUGUGAUUGAAAGACAAUAUUUUUUAAAAAUUUAUAUACGAUUACAGUGUAAAUUUCAUUAGCAUGAACCAAGAAAGGGAAAAGUUCAGAAAUGCUAGGAUUUUCAUAUCAGCGUUUUUUCAAGAGGUUCCUCUACAUGUUAUAUUCUGAGUUGAAUAUUAACUCCAUUUCUUUAUUUUCCUUGUCCAAAAAAGUUGAAAUGAGAAUGGUACAUGCCUUCAUAUGUGCAUACACCUGCAAGUGUGUGAGUGAAACACCCAUUCUGUGGAGUGGUUAGGGUAUGCUUCAUAUUGUAACGCCCAUCUUUACCAAAACUUUUCAUGAUGACUGCAUGCUUUUCCCCCCACUAUAUUUAAUGGGAGAUUGAAGGUACACGUAUCUACUUGAGCAGUAUUGAGAAAGACACGAUUGACUUGUUGCAAUGCUGCAUCUCUUUGAGUUUGUCAGGUUAAAUUAUAUUUAUAUUGAUCUCAUUCCACACUCUGCUGAAUGGGUCUUUAACAUGAUAUUAUUAAUGGUGAACAACAUGUUAACGUGGUUGCAACUUCUAAAAUCAGGCAAUAUUCGAUAUGAAAAAAUGGCGGAAUGUCAUUUGUGUGUACAUAAUAUGAUUAUUGCAUGGACAUGUAAUGAUGCACAGAGGAUGCAUAGAAAACAUCAUAGGAUGACUUUCAGAAAAUGGUGACUGGUUUUAUAAUGUACUGCAUAUAUUGUUUGUGAUCAGAUUGUAUUUGUGAUCUAAAGAAAAAAAACUUCCCUAAUUCUGUUUUAUUGAGAUCUUUUGAUUUAUUGAUAGAUAUGAAUAUUUAUUCUGUUAAUGAAGAAAUGGGAGAUAAAGACAUUGUGAAUGAGUAUUCUAUUCAGCCUAUUUUACAGAUCAGUUUAUUUAUUGAUAUGAGAGGAACACUUAUGCAAGUAUAAUAUAAAGUGCAAAUGUUUUUAUACCAAACAGCAGUGGAACUAUAUCUUAUGUGUGUGAUAUUUAAAUACAUUAAAGAUUGUACAUCUUGAA